GCUCUGGCCACUAGGCCAAGGAGCUGCCGCCGCCCGCGGUCUAAGGAGCUUGAGCCGCAGAGCUGGGAACCCCGAGGAACGUGGACCGCGGCGGCGCAUCCUGAGGUGCGGCGAAGGCGUCGGCAGCCCCAUUUGCAGGUCUCCUGCCCUCCGCCGGGACGCGGGAAAGCCCGGCGCGCGGCGGGGGCGCGAGGUGGGGCUGGCGGGGGCGGCCAAUGCGAAACUGGCUGGUGCUGCUGUGCCCGUGCGUGCUCGGGGCCGCGCUGCACCUCUGGCUGCGGCUGCGCUCCCUGCCGCCCGCGCGCGCCUCCACCGUCCACCCAGCAGAUCACUUGGCCCUGUUUCCUCGCUGGAAAUCAAGUCACUAUGAUGUGGUAGUUGGUGUGUUGUCAGCCCGCAAUAACCAUGAACUUCGAAAUGUGAUAAGAAGCACCUGGCUGAAACACUUAAUGCAACAUCCCACACUGAGUCGACGUGUGCUCGUGAAGUUCAUAAUAGGUGCUCGUGGCUGUGACGUGCCUGUGGAGGACCGGGAAGACCCGUACUCCUGCAGACUGCUCAACAUCACGAACCCAGUUUUGAAUCAGGAAAUCGAGGCAUUCGGUUUUUCUGAGGACACUUCAUCGGGGCUCUCUGAGGACCGAGUUGUCAGCGUGAGCUUUCGAGUUCUCCACCCAAUUGUUAUUACCAGUCUCGGGGUGUUUUAUGAUGCCAGCGAUGCGGGUUUCCAAAGGAACAUCACUGUCAAGCUUUAUCAGGCAGAACAGGAGGAGGCCCUCUUCAUCGCUCGCUUUAGUCCUCCAAGCUGCGGUGUGCAGGUGAAUAGGCUGUGGUACAAGCCUGUGGAGCAGUUCAUCCUACCAGAGAGCUUUGAAGGCACAAUCGUGUGGGAGAGCCAGGACCCCCAGGGCCUCGUGUCAAGGAACCUCCACACGGUGACCGUAAAUGACGGAGGGGGAGUUCUCAGGGUCCUCACAGCUGCGGAGGGUGCAUUGCCUCAUGAAUUCAUGGAAGGUGUGGAGGGAGUUGCAGGUGGUUUUAUUUAUACUAUUCAGGAAGGUGAUGCUCUCUUACAAAACCUUCAUUCUCGCCCUCAAAGACGUGUUGAUCAUAUAAGUAAUCUCCACGAGGAAGAUGCCUUACUCAAGGAGGAAAGCAGUGUCCACGAUGAUAUUAUUUUCGUGGAUGUUGUCGACACCUACCGAAAUGUUCCUGCGAAGUUGUUGAACUUCUACAAAUGGACUGUGGAGACGACCAGCUUUGACCUGCUGCUGAAGACGGACGACGACUGCUACGUGGACCUGGAGGCCGUGUUUCGCAGGAUCGCCCGCGAGAGCCUGGACGGGCCCAACUUCUGGUGGGGGAAUUUCAGGUGGAACUGGGCGGUGGACCGAACGGGGAAGUGGCAGGAGCUGGAGUACCCCAGCCCCGCGUACCCUGCCUUUGCCUGCGGCUCGGGCUACGUGGUCUCCAGGGACAUCGUCCACUGGCUGGCCAGCAACUCGGGGAGGUUGAAGACCUAUCAGGGUGAAGACGUGAGCAUGGGCAUCUGGAUGGCGGCCAUAGGACCCAAACGGUACCAGGAUGGCCUGUGGCUGUGCGAGAAGACCUGUGAGACGGGGAUGCUGUCUUCCCCUCAGUACUCUGCUCAGGAGCUGGCGGACCUCUGGAGACUGAAGGAGCUGUGCGGCGACCCUUGCCAGUGCGAGGCGCAACGAUGACUUUAAGGCGCAGUGUUCACAGAUCAGGGCAGGCAAGUGGUAAUUCGCAUGUGAAUCCAGGAAAGGGGCAGUUCAGCGGUGAUCACGUGGUCCCUCCGAGCACUCUGGGCUGGUCCCCCAUAACCAGCAGGGUCAUUCUCAAGGUUCGCACAAGGUUCCCCUUAAAAAUCAACCCUGAUGCUGUAGCAUAAGAAAAAAUUUAAUUAUGUAUUGGAAGAUUUGAAAAACACCAAAAACUAUAAAAGAAAAGAAUAUUUUUAAAUCCUGAUA